AAAUAUUUAAUUUGUCUUAUAUGCAUAAAAUCUAAAUUUUACAAAUUUUGUAAAUAUUAAUCCAUAAAGUUUCUGGUUAUAAGUUACUUAUUAUGUUACUAAGUAUGUAACUUUAAAAACAAACAUUAAACGAAACAAAUAUAAUAUUUUGUUUUAAAUUGGAAAACACUAUUUUUAGGAACGCCGCUGUAUAUAAAUUACUUUAUCAGCUCUUUUUGCGAUUACGAGUACAACAUUAUGCCGGCUCUCUGUGUCUCUCUUCAUCAUUACAAAGCACUUUCCCAGUUCGUGAAUAAUUAAUUUGUUUACUGCUUUAUCAAUUAGUUUUGUUUUGAUCAUUUUGCCGAGAGAGAAGCAAACACAACAGAAAAAAAAGCUUUGACAAGAAAAAAACUUAUGUUUACCUAUAAGUUUUGUUAUUAUUGCUUUAUCAAAGGAGAAUGCUACAGAUGAUUAAACAUAUGACCCAAAGCUUAGCCAAUAGAGAAAUAUAUAUAGAAGCUUUUCUCUAAUUUGUAUAUACCUCUUGCUUUGGCAAACACUUUUUAGUUCUCAAUGUGCGUUGCACAAAUUAAGUCGAUUAGCACUUCUUACCUACAAAUUCGCAUUUAAGAUGCAGAAUUGUUUUUAAAAACUAGUGUAUUCACAAUUAAAACUGAACUGAUCGCCAUGCUGUUAACACUAGCAUUAUUGGGCGUGGCCCUUUUUUUGGCCUACAGUUUCUACCACAAUUCGUACACCUAUUGGGCCCGAAAGGGAGUUCCUCAUGAGCGGCCAUUGCCUGUGAUUGGCAAUAUGAUGGGAAUCGGGUCGAAAUACCACUUUCGGGACAUCAACCAGAGGAUCUACGAUCAGUUCAAGGGCAAGGCUCCUUUUGCGGGGAUGUUCAUGUUCUUCAAGCGAACCGCCAUGAUCACCGAUCUGGACCUCAUCAAGCAAGUGCUGAUCAAGGACUUUCAUCACUUCCAAGAUCGCGGUCUUUUCAAUAAUACCCGAGAUGAUCCCUUGACGGGUCACCUUUUAACUCUGGAGGGCGAUGCACUGGACUAUCGCCUCAAGAAUGGCAUUAAGCGAAACGACUUUAUGGAUCAGCUUAUAGAGCUGCGAGCAGAGAACCAAAAAGCGGCUAAAAGGGGUCAGGGUAUCGAUCUCUCCCAUGGACUGACCCUGGAGCAAAUGGCUGCCCAGGCCUUUGUGUUCUUUUUAGCUGGCUUCGAGACCUCCUCCAGUACAAUGGCCUUCUGUUUGUACGAACUAGCCCUACAGCCCGAUAUUCAGCAAAAGGUUAGAGACGAAAUAGAAAGUGUUUUGGGACAAAGCGAAAUUACAUACGACGCUUUAGCGGAAAUGACCUAUCUGGACCAGGUUUUGGCCGAAACUCUUCGGAAACAUCCCAUUAUUGCGCAACUUCUGCGUGAAACUAAUCAGAGCUACAAUGUUCCAAAUACAGAGCUGAUCAUCGAAAAGGGAACUACAGUGCUGAUACCAAUACACAACAUUCACCACGAUGCGGACUUGUAUCCCGAGCCGGAACGCUUCGAUCCCACUCGCUUUAAUCCGGAGGAAGUGAAGUCCCGCCAUCCAUUUUCCUACCUUCCGUUCGGCGAUGGACCCCGAAAUUGCAUCGGUUUGCGAUUCGGCAAAAUGCAGGCCAAAAUUGGCAUUGUGUCCCUGCUGAGACGUUUCAAUUUUGGCGUUUCGAAGUUGACUGAGAUUCCCUUGACUUUGGACACGCGCAGCCCCACUUUGUCCACCAAGUACGGGGUUCAUCUGAAAGUUGAACGCAUAUAGGCCGUCUAACGUUACCUCUAACUUAAAAUAAAAGGAAUCUUUACUGAUUUAA